AUGGCAGAUUCCGGUGAUAAAGGUCAAGGGCUCAUAAAGGUUUGUUUCCGUAUGAUUACUGAAAAGACCUUUACGCUUGAGCUCGAUCCAUCUCUUUGCAUAAGUGACGUAAAGGCCCUUCUUGAGACAGAAUCUGAGAUUGCUCCGGAGAAUCAGAGGCUUAUUUUCAAGGGACAAUUGUUAAAGGACGAUUUAACACUGGAGAGUUAUAAUGUGGAAUCUGGGAGUACCAUUCACGUCGUUGGUAGAGUUGCCGGUUCAGAGACUAGUUCUGAUGCAGGGACUAGCAGUGCAUCUAGAAUGGGUGAGAAUAGCCACAGUAGCUCCAGCGAUACUGCGAAUUCAUUUAAUAGGAAUUUGGCAUCAAUGGGAAUUUUCAUGAGUCCUAUUUUUGCCGCUUCUGCAGAAAUUCCCGUUUCCAACAUUGGUGUAUCUACUGGAACGACUGCACAAGCGGGAACAGAUGCGGCUGGAGGGACCAGAGAAGCCGGUAAUCAUUCAGGGAAUGAAACAAACUGGACGUGGUCAUCUUAUAAUGUAGGUUCACAUCCCAUGGUCCUUGGUCGCAUGCACUUUACUAGGACAAUAAAUCCUCAAGACUCGUCGGGGAUUGAACAAGUUGCUUCGCAGUUUUUGAAUGGAAUUCUCGGGGGACUCAUGAAUGGCUCAUCUGCUGCAACUACAGCUAACGCCACCACAAGUGAUACGAAUGCUAGUGCGACUGCGACAGCCGCAAGCACAACUGUACCAACCAGUGUACAACCAGAAACCAAUACCGGAGCACUACCAGUAGCAGUAAUUGGAACCCUUACAGCUGAUAUUAAUGAUGAACUAGAUGGUGCCAUUGUGGCAAAUGCCCCGCAAGAAGUAGCAGUUGUAGGUGAAUGUGUGAAUAGAGAGGGAAACCGUGAUGAAAGGUUUUUGUUGACGGAUCCAGUAAUGCUGGGUAGUCAUCUUUCCUGGAGUAAUUUGGAACGCUUAGAAUUACUUGUAGGAAUUUCCGUAGAUUUUGCAUUACAAGAUCGCACAUUUAGCAACUUUGUUGCACGGUUUGAGAGGGCAUAUUCCAGAGUUUUAGCGUUGCUAAACCGUUUGGACAGAUGGCAUCGUUAUCAGGAACAUAUUCAGCCCUUGGAAUUUUCUCAAUUGUCGAGUAUUUUUGCCUUGGCAUCAGCUAUAAAUGCACAGAUUUCGUCACUUUUGGCAUUGACAUUUGGAUACGCAAAUGGUAAUGCGGUUUCAAACGUUCAGGGUAUUACCUCGCCCCUCAUUUCUCAUGCAGUUCCUGAAUCACCGCCUCGUCAGUUAGAACCACCACAGGAUGUAGACUGCGCAGUUUCAAGUUUGGAGAUUGAAAGGGAGGAUGACAAUGUUAUAAGGGUGGAUACAAACGACUGUGAUGUUCCAGGGUCCAGUGGAGAGUAUAACGGAACAGAGACUGAUCCAAGCAAGUUAUUGGAUGAGUAUCAAGCGUCGCCUAGUUUUAAAGAAAAGAUGGCAAAGUUUGCCGCAAAGGGGCGACUUGGUGAUGCCUAUUUUGGAAUGGGUACGUGA